CCCACCUUGGACACCGCAUUGCCGCUCGCCGCUCGCCGCCAUAGCCUUCGGCGGCCCGUACCCGCCCGAUUCUCUCUGCUUGGUUGCUUCUUCUUGCCUCUAUCCGGAACCUCCUGCUAAGCCCGACACGCUCACCUGCCGGCAACGCGUCAAGGACGACGAGGCUCCGGCAAUGUUGUGGGGGUUGGGAAGGGGCCGACCCUCUACUUAGUGACUCGACGCGACCUGGGCGACGGGCGGCCGACACCACGGCGAGGAUGGUUGGCCGCCGCUGCUCCCUCCCAUCUUCCUGAGCGUCGCCCCGGCAGUUCCGCCGCCGCAGCUCGCGGAAGAUGGCGGGCUGCUGCCGCUCGCUGGAGAUGGGCCACGCCCUGAACCGGAUGUGCAACGCCGACGGUCUGUACGGAAAACUCGCCGGUUCGCUCUUGUGGAGGGCCGAUGGCGGUAGGUCGUGUUACCCCUGCAGCUGCACGACGCCGAGUCCCCGAGGCCGGCCUUGCAUCGCGGUGGCACGCGCCGAUCUGGCAGUCGUGCGAGCUCGGAUGGGAAUGGGUUCGUGGGGAAGUUGUCGGUAUGGAGGUGGGACGGUGAGCACGGACUCCCGUGUGACACCCUCCAGGCCUCCACCGCUACAACCUUACCUAGAUCUCCGCCGAUCGAGGAUGAUGCUCAACCUCGAAGCAGGUAGCCGGGGCGUCCUCCCUGCCGAGCUACUCCUCCAGCCGGGGCGACGCGCACGCGAUGAUGAAGUGGGGCGCGGGCGGAGCGUCAAGGGACAAGCUCCACUUCCUGGAGCUCCGGCCGCUGUCGUGCCCCCUGGCUGCUCUCCUGCUGCGGCUAUUCGUGGUAGAUCGAGGGGCCUGACAGUGGCCUCAUCAUGUUCAUAUCUAUGCCAUCUAUGUUGCUACAGCAGGUAUUGGUCUUCUUCGUUUUUUUAGGCCUGUACAAUUUCCUUUCGUUCUAUUCAGUUUCACCGGUCUUUGAUUCAUCUCAGGCUCCAUUUUUUAUCCUUCAAUCUAUAGCUAUCGGGCGCGCUUCUGGUCGUCAAUGUGCCGCCUCACAUCUUUUUUCAUGGUUACUCUCAAUGCGGUAGGCUCAUAUCCAGUCAAUUCCCCCUCUUGCAGAUGAACAACACAGAUUCCGUAAGCAAAGGGUUCAUCUCCAUCUGGCUUCUAGACGCUCCGUCCACAGGUGUCAUGGGCCAGGAAGGGGCUUGGAGCACUGCUCAUAGUCAUGGUGGUCUCCGGGCCGUGGAGUGUGCCCGUGUAGAGGAACUAUGGGGAAGUGCUGCUCUAGGGCAGUGCUGCGAGGGAGAUGGAAGCGCUCGGGUGGGCCUCCUCAGCUUAAAUUCUUCUGACCCACCCUCCUCAGGGGAUGAGGAAAGGAGCCUCCUCCUCAGCGAGAAACUUUUUGUGCUGUCAAGGAAUGGUUGCCAGUAACAAUUCCUAUUUUGGAGUUCAAUCCAAACUAGAGGGGAUGUGAGAAUGAAUACCCAGUCAAGUUACUGGUGUGACAGAACAAAAAACGUUCAUGUUUUGCAACAGCGUCUAGAGUAAGUUGUGGUAUACAACAAAUAGGGUUGUAUUUAAAGAAGGCAUGUUUUAGAAAACCUCAAGAGAAGAUGACCGAGCGUACAAAACCAUGAUGAAAAGAGUGCUAAACCACAAGUUAAAAGCUAGCUCUCAUUUCAGUCUAUUAGCUUCUCAGAUGCCAUAGGCAUAGAAAGUUGCGGAAUCAUCUUUUUCUAAUUACCUUUUGUAUCAGUUGUUGUCAUACUCUUGUUAUCUCUAACCAGUUGGAAUUCUGUAGAUUCACCAGACUACAAUUGUGUGUACCUCUUAUGCUCGCUAAUUUACUUGAUCCUUAAGAUCAACCUUUUAUGCACAUAAUUUCAGUUUAUGAUGUAUCAGAUUUCAUCACCAACUAUCUUAGAGCUUAUUUUUUAACAAAGAAAUAUCCAAGUAUGGUCUUAAAAAUAUU